GGUAUAGUUAUUUAUUUUUUUUGUUGAUAUUAUAUUGUGGGCAUUUCUUGUUUUUCUGUAUUAUUUCUCCAUCUCACAUCUUUCACUCACUUUCUCUCUCCCCACUUUCUCUCUCUACACUCUUCUCCUCUUCUCUUCUUCUUCCCUUACUUUAAUGUGGAGUUGUUGCUGUGUUGUUGCUUGUGAAUAAUUAUUGAGAGAAAAAAGAAAGAGUGAGAAGAAGAGUAGUGUUGUGUUGUUUUGUUUGUGUGGUCGGUACACAAACGAAGAACAACACCACCAAAAACUAACCCACAAACCGAAUCUCGUAUAUAGUUUCACGUAUUUUGUUAAUUCGUGUCGUUAUUUUUGAUGGGGUUCGAUUUCUGAAGAAGUAAAUCUGGGUUUUCAAUAUUCUGACCCCCUGAUUGAUUCAUUUCUCGGAUUUUCGGGGGUCUGAAACUUGAAAUGGCUACCAAUGGACGGCUGGUGGCUGGUUCUCACAAUCGGAACGAGUUCGUUCUUAUCAAUGCUGAUGAUAUUGGCAGAGUGACUUCUGUGAAAGAAUUGAGUGGGCAACUUUGUCAGAUUUGUGGAGAUGAGAUAGAAUGUGAUGGAAAUAGUGAACCAUUUGUUGCUUGCAAUGAGUGUGCUUUUCCAGUGUGUAGAGCUUGCUACGAGUAUGAGCGAGGCGAAGGGAAUCAAUCUUGUCCUCAAUGCAAAACCCGCUACAAGCGAAUCAAAGGGAGUGCAAGAGUUGAGGGUGAUGAAGAUGAGGAUGACCUUGAUGAUAUUGAAAAUGAACUUAGAUACGUGCACAAGGACAACGACCCUCAGCACAUUGCUGAAGCGAUUUUUUCUUCCCGGCUUAAUGUUGGCCGGGCUCCAUCCAAUGCUUCCGGGCUUUCAACACCGGCGGAGUUGGAUCCUGCUGCUCAUUCUAAUGAACAGCUUCUCUUAACUUUCGGGCAAGAGGAUCCUGGGAUUUCGCCGGACAGGCAUGCUUUAAUUGUCCCACCGUUUAUGAGCCGUGGGAAGAAGGUCCAUCCUGUACCAUUUUCUGAUUCUGCAAUGUCCUUGCCGCCUAGACCAAUGGACCCCAAGAAAGAUCUAGCUGUUUAUGGAUAUGGAAGUGUUGCUUGGAAAGAUAGGAUGGAAGAGUGGAAAAGAAGGCAGAAUGACAAGCUUCAAAUGGUUAAGCAUCAAGGAGAGGAUGGAAGCUAUGAUGGAGGGGAACCUGAGGACCCCGAUUUGCCUAAGAUGGAUGAAGGAAGGCAGCCACUGUCGAGAAAACUACCAAUUUCAUCAAGCAGUAUCAAUCCCUACAGGAUAGUUAUUGUUCUUCGUAUGGUUGUUCUUGGGCUCUUCUUUCACUAUAGAAUUCUGCACCCUGUGCAUGAUGCCUUUGCCCUGUGGCUGUUGUCAGUCAUUUGUGAGAUUUGGUUUGCUGUGUCGUGGAUUUUGGAUCAGUUUCCGAAAUGGCAGCCCAUUGAACGAGAAACUUAUCUUGACAGGCUUUCACUAAGGUAUGAGAAGGAAGGCAAACCAUCUGAGCUAGCUCCAGUUGAUAUAUUUGUGUCAACUGUCGACCCUUUGAAGGAACCUCCACUGAUCACAGCAAACACUGUUCUUUCUAUCCUUGCUGCCGAUUACCCAGUGGACAAGGUUUCUUGCUAUGUCUCUGAUGAUGGUGCAGCCAUGCUUACCUUUGAAGCCCUUUCUGAGACCUCUGAGUUUGCAAGAAAAUGGGUCCCAUUUUGCAAGAAGUAUCAAAUUGAACCUCGUGCUCCUGAAUGGUAUUUCUCUCAGAAGGUUGAUUACCUGAAAGAUAAAGUGCAUCCUGCCUUUGUCAGGGAACGUCGUGCCAUGAAGAGAGACUAUGAAGAGUUCAAAAUCCGGAUAAAUGGAUUGGUUUCCAUGGCAGUGAAGGUUCCCGAAGAGGGUUGGACCAUGCAAGAUGGAACCCCAUGGCCUGGAAACAACGUUAGGGAUCAUCCUGGAAUGAUACAGGUGUUCCUUGGCCAAAAUGGUGUCCGUGACUUGGAUGGAAACGAGCUGCCUAAACUUGUUUAUGUUUCUCGUGAGAAGAGGCCUGGAUUUGAUCAUCAUAAAAAAGCUGGUGCUAUGAACUCUUUGAUAAGAGUUUCAGCAGUUCUGUCAAAUGCACCUUACCUACUUAAUGUCGAUUGUGAUCACUACAUCAACAACAGUAAGGCUCUCCGUGAAGCCAUGUGCUUCUUGAUGGAUCCCAUAUCAGGGAAGAAAAUAUGUUAUGUCCAGUUUCCUCAGAGGUUUGAUGGCAUUGAUAGACACGAUCGAUACUCCAAUCGUAAUGUUGUCUUCUUUGAUAUCAACAUGAAAGGUUUGGAUGGUAUUCAAGGACCAAUUUACGUUGGAACAGGUUGUGUUUUCAGAAGGCAAGCACUUUAUGGGUAUGAUGCCCCAAAACAAAAGAAGGCCCCAGGCAAGACCUGUAAUUGUUGGCCAAAAUGGUGCUUCUGCUGCUGCUGCUUUGGAUCCCGAAAGAAGAACAGAAAAUCAAAGAACAAGGGUAAUGACAAGCAAAAGGACACUAAAAAGAAGUCCAAGAACAAGGAUUCAUCCACACAAAUACACGCUCUUGAAAACAUUGAGGAGGGAAUUGAAGGAAUUGAUAAUGAGAAGUCUGCUCUUAUGCCCCAAGUAAAAUUCGAGAAGAAAUUUGGUCAGUCACCAGUCUUUAUAGCUUCAACACUCAUGGAGGAUGGUGGAAUGCCUCACGGUGUAAGUGAAGCAUCACUAUUGAAGGAAGCUAUUCAUGUCAUCAGCUGUGGGUACGAGGAUAAAACUGAAUGGGGAAAAGAGGUUGGUUGGAUCUAUGGUUCAGUUACAGAAGAUAUCUUGACUGGAUUUAAAAUGCAUUGCCAUGGCUGGAGGUCAGUUUACUGCAUGCCUAAAAGACCUGCAUUCAAAGGGUCUGCUCCCAUUAAUCUUUCUGAUCGUCUCCAUCAAGUUCUUCGGUGGGCUUUGGGAUCCGUUGAGAUUUUGUUGAGUAGACAUUGCCCCAUUUGGUAUGGUUAUAACAGUGGUCUAAAACCAUUGGAGCGAUUUUCUUAUAUUGCUUCUGUUGUGUACCCAUUGACAUCAAUCCCACUGCUUGUCUACUGUACUCUUCCUGCUGUCUGUCUUCUCACCGGAAAGUUUAUUGUUCCUGAGAUCAGCAGUUACGCCAGUAUUUUGUUUAUGGGGCUCUUUAUUUCCAUUGCGGUAACAAGUGUCCUCGAAAUGCAAUGGGGACACGUACAAAUCGACGACUGGUGGAGGAAUGAACAGUUUUGGGUUAUUGGAGGUGUAUCUUCCCAUCUAUUUGCCCUCUUCCAAGGUCUCCUAAAGGUUCUUGCUGGUGUGAACACCAACUUUACUGUCACGUCAAAAGCAGCAGACGAUGGAGAAUUUUCCGACCUUUACUUGUUCAAGUGGACUUCCCUCUUGAUCCCACCUAUGACGUUGCUCAUCAUUAACAUCAUCGGAGUUAUAGUCGGGAUUUCAGAUGCCAUUAACAACGGGUACGAGUCAUGGGGUCCCCUAUUCGGUAGGCUCUUCUUCGCCAUGUGGGUGAUCAUGCAUCUUUACCCCUUCCUCAAGGGUAUGAUGGGAAAACAAGACCGUCUCCCCACCAUUAUCAUCGUCUGGUCCAUUCUGCUCGCGUCCAUUUUCUCCCUACUGUGGGUCAGAAUAAACCCGUUCACGGCCAAAGGCGGUAUUGUGCUCGAAGUCUGUGGGUUGGAUUGUGAUUAGUACAACAAACAUUUUUGAUGGGUUUAUGAAGAAUUUUGUGUAGAAAUCGAAACCAAGGUAUUUAAUCCGUGAAAUUUAUCGCAGAAACGCAAGAGCUACUACAACUACGUUGAGGGCUCGAACGCGAUCAUCGAAUCGAAGGAUAAAAAUUAUCACAGUUGGGUUUGUGUUGUGUAGAUAAAGUUGGCAGCUGACACAUUGAAAAAAAAUAUUGUUGUCAGGAAAAAAAUGUUUAUUCAUUCUUUUGAUACACGUCGUUAAUUGUGCGUCAGAGUUAGGGGAUUAUGGAAUUCAGGGCAUUUCUGUAAUCCCCAUGAACAUAAAGGAGUUGUUUUUUUUUUUUUAAAUUUUAAUUUUUUUUAAGUUGCUAUUCAUAAUUUAUAAGGGGCCCCCCUUAGUAAUAAGGGACUUCAAAUGUUGUCACUCUGUAGUUUUGUGGUUCCUUAAGGAACAAUUUUGUUGGUUCUUUUAGACUGUGAAGUUGAAAAGCAUAUUACUCUUAUUCUUAUUUUUGGAUUAGUAUACAAUAAAGUGGUUCUAGUGUUCUUACUUAA